GGCGGCGCGGCGGCGGGCGGGCGCUGAGGCGGAGCGGCGGCGGCAUGGAGGCCAUCUGGCUCUACCAGUUCCGCCUGAUCGUCAUCGGCGACUCCACCGUGGGCAAGUCCUGCCUCAUCCGCCGCUUCACCGAGGGCCGCUUCGCCCACAUCUCCGACCCCACGGUGGGCGUGGAUUUCUUCUCCAGGCUGGUGGAGAUCGAGCCGGGGAAGAGGAUCAAGCUGCAGAUCUGGGACACGGCCGGGCAGGAGCGGUUCCGGUCCAUCACCAGAGCCUACUACAGGAACUCAGUUGGUGGACUCCUCCUCUUUGACAUUACAAACCGCAGAUCCUUCCAGAACGUCCAUGAGUGGCUGGAGGAGACCAAGGUGCACGUCCAGCCCUACCAGAUCGUCUUUGUUUUGGUAGGGCACAAGUGUGACCUCGACACGCAACGGCAGGUCACCAGGCACGAGGCUGAGAAACUGGCAGCUGCUUAUGGUAUGAAGUACAUUGAGACCUCGGCUCGGGACGCCAUUAACGUGGAGAAGGCCUUCACUGAUCUGACUCGAGAUAUUUACGAGCUUGUUAAAAGGGGGGAAAUCUCAAUCCAGGAGGGAUGGGAAGGGGUAAAGAGUGGGUUUGUCCCAAACGUAGUGCACUCUUCAGAAGAAGUGGUGAAAUCAGAUAGGCGAUGCUUGUGCUGAGCUCUCCUAGUGAGGCAAGUGGCAAUGAACUCUACUAACAGACGUCCUUUACUAAGUGAACUCGGUGUGACAGAAGGGAGAGCAACACUCCUGUCGUGAACAGCCUCCCACGUUGUUUUGGACACCAGAACACACCCUGGAGAGAAAUGUUCUGUUCCAAAUAACCUUUCUGAACUGGGGCUUACAGAUCUAAGGGAGAGUGAGUGAGGGUGCAUGUCGAUGUUGUAAGGAGACAGGAAGCCCAAAUGAGGGGCUGCAGGAGCCAGGAGAGAGUGCAGAGAGAGCUGGAUGGGCUGGCACGUGCCAGGGUACUGUACCUGUUCUCUGUAAGUAAAUCCAUAGCUCUGUACUGGGUACUGAAGCCACGGUGUGGCUGUAGUGUGACAACUGGGCAGACAGGGAGAAGGAAAGAGGACAUCUUUGUGUCGGCUGUUUACUACCAGGAAGGUGUAAAGGCAGCACAGAUACGGUUUCCUCAUCAGGCCAACUCCACUGGAAGAGUUUACUGACGUGGUCUGCACUCUUCUGAAUCUUCUUUCUUGUGUUCUUGAACCUAGUUCCAUAGCAAAGAAUAUUCUGUGGGAUUUAAAGAGGAAAGCAGUAGUGACUGGAUUGGUAAUUAAGAUUUAAGUUAUUUCCCCCCACCCCAAUAGUGCUUUUCUUGCUGUGCUGAACUGGGAUUCUACUCCUGCUCCAGUAGUAGUUACUUGAUGCAUUUUUAUGCAUUUACUGCCUUGAAAGUACCCUGAGCUCAGGGCUUUCCACUGGAACUAAGUCAUCAAGAGCAUAAAGAGAGAAUCGUGUCCUCAUGGGUUACAUCUGAAGGCUGAAGUGUUGCAGCCAGAUGGGACACACCAUUUCUGUCUUGCCACCAGCACUGUGCUGACCUUUUGGGUGUCUUACCAGUCAGGUCACGAGGAGGAAUGGAAAGGGGCUGGGGGGUGGGAAGAAACACGGUGAAAUAAAAGACUUGAAAGCUUAACUCAGGUGCAUCAGCCAUUGUCAAAGGUGAGAUUUGCUUUUAAAGAAGGGAAAUAGCAUGGAGAGCAACAGCUUCCAUCAGUACUUUCUGCUGUUAAAGUGUCAUUUUCUUUCUUGGUGUCUGUGGAAGAAGAGGACUAGCGCUGGGAAGGAGGAGCACACGGCAGAAGGAUCUGAGCAGGUGGAAAGCAAAGCCACCAGGCGAGCUCAAGAGUAAACGUUCUCUGCCUCCAUGUUUUAAUUUGACAAAAGAGGGUAUCUCAGGUUGGUGGUGAUGGGCUGGUGGUCGUGUUCCAGGAGCUGUAGGUGGGUUUUUGGGAGUGCCAGUCACCACUCAGAGGCUUUGUUUCUGCCGAGUUUCAGCUGCAGCUGUCGAAGUGCCGCAGGGUGGCUGCGCUCUUGGAGCAAACGAGGGGAGUGCAGCUUUGUUAAAAGCAAACAAGCAGAACUGCAGUGACUUUUUAAACUCCAGUUUGCAGGCUUUGCAUACCAAGCUGCUCAUGGGCAGGAGGGAGGGAGUACGUAAAAGCCACAGGAAGCCUCUAGUGCUUGAUUUUAGGCCUCUUAAGUAGAGUAGCUUGCUGAGGUACCCCAUCCAUGACAGUGUGGGUCCUCGAUUGCUGUCGAGUUCAGACUAUUUCUGCCUUAGAACUUGUUCCCAGGGUUUGCAGCACAAGGACAGGUCUGUUAAAGCUGUAAAAAAAGAAAACCAACCAACCCCAACCCAGCCACCAAAGCCCUGGAGGUGAAUGACGUUGGCGUUUUCAGUGUUGGAGGAGCAGUUUGGGUUCCUGGGCGCUGCAGGGGAGCAGCGGUGUCUCAAGGCCUGUGUGGGGAAUCCCAAGCAGCUUCAGUUGUGUUUUUUACAAAAAGAAAGAUUAACAAUUCCUUUUACAAACUGUGUAGGAGAGUGGGUCAGAUUGGUGCUGAGCAGGCGCCAGGGAGAGCCUGGGGCUGCUCAGGGCAGGACUGGCAGUUGUGUUUCACUGUGUGGCCGGGCAGGUCCUUCCUGCUCUGCCUGGAAAGGCCACUCAGCACCCACUUUGGCCUUUUAAGGUCCAGCUGGUGGCCAGGAGGGUUGUGGGCUGCCUGGCUGCACCAACAGGCAGCAAGACGUUGGAUCAGAGGGUGUUUUAGCAAUAGUAACGUUCUGUCGUUCUCUGUGCAGGAACUGGCCGGCCCGGAACACUUUUUCACGAGCCAACCAGUAUUUUAUUUAAUGGGUUUUGGACAUUCCCCUUCCCUGCUCCCAGAGAGAGAGA